CAGGUCCCCUGUGAGCCAGACAGAAACCAUCUCCGCCAGUCAAGAAGCCCUCAGAAGUCCUUUGCCAUGGAUACAGAAGAUGAAGAAAACAUGAGUUCGAGCAGCACAGAUGUUAAGGAAAGCUGCAGUCUGGACAGCGUGCCCCCCAAGGACGGCAGUGCUCCUGGGCCUGGCGAGGGCGCCCCGCUCUCCAACGGGGGUGGCGGUGGUGCCAGCCGGAAGCGGCCCCUGGAGGAGGGCAGCAACGGCCACGCCAAGUUCCGCCUGAAGAAGAGGCGGCGGCCGCCCGGGCCCGCGCUGCCAAAGAACGCCCUGAUGCAGCUGAACGAGAUCAAGCCUGGCCUGCAGUAUGCACUGCUGUCCCAGACGGGGCCGGUGCAUGCGCCCCUGUUCGUCAUGUCCGUUGAAGUUAACGGGCAGGUGUUCGAGGGCUCCGGCCCCACCAAGAAGAAGGCCAAGCUGCACGCCGCCGAGAAGGCCCUGCGGUCUUUCGUGCAGUUCCCCAACGCCUCCGAGGCGCAUCUGGCCAUGGGGAGGACCCUGUCCGCCAACACGGACUUCACGUCCGACCAGGCUGACUUUCCCGACACGCUCUUCAACGGCUUCGAGACCCCAGACAGGUCGGAAAUACCCUUCUACCUGGGCUCCAAUGGGGACGACUCCUUCAGCUCCAGCGGGGACCUCAGCUUGGCGGCGUCCCCGGCACCCGUGAGCCUUGCGCAGCCUCCUCUCCCCGGCCCUCCGCCGUUCCCACCACCGAGCGGGAAGAACCCCGUGAUGAUCCUGAAUGAGCUGCGGCCAGGGCUCAAGUACGACUUCUUGUCGGAGAGCGGGGAGAGCCAUGCCAAGAGCUUCGUCAUGUCUGUGGUGGUGGAUGGCCAGUUCUUCGAGGGCUCGGGCAGGAACAAAAAGCUCGCCAAGGCCCGGGCUGCGCAGUCCGCACUGGCGACCAUUUUUAAUUUGCACUUGGAUCAAACACCGUCUCGCCAGCCCAUCCCAAGCGAGGGCCUUCAGUUACAUUUACCGCAGGUGUUAGCUGAUGCUGUGGCCCGCCUGGUGCUGGAUAAGUUUGGCGAUCUGACGGACAACUUCUCCUCUCCUCACGCACGCAGGAAAGUUCUUGCCGGCAUCGUCAUGACAACAGGCACAGAUGUGAAAGACGCCAAGGUGAUCAGUAUUUCCACGGGGACAAAGUGCAUCAAUGGCGAGUACAUGAGUGACCGUGGCCUUGCAUUAAAUGACUGCCAUGCAGAAAUUAUAGCUCGGAGAUCCUUGCUUAGAUUUCUUUAUACACAACUUGAGCUUUACUUAAAUAACAAAGACGAUCAAAAACGGUCCAUCUUUCAGAAGUCCGAGCGGGGAGGGUUUAAGCUGAAGGAGAGUGUUCAGUUCCAUCUGUACAUCAGCACGUCUCCCUGUGGGGAUGCCAGGAUCUUCUCACCGCACGAGCCGAUCCUGGAAGAACCAGCGGACAGACAUCCGAACCGCAAAGCCAGAGGACAGCUGCGGACGAAAAUAGAGUCGGGAGAAGGCACAAUCCCCGUGCGAUCCAAUGCCAGCCUCCAGACGUGGGACGGGGUGCUGCAGGGUGAGAGGCUGCUCACCAUGUCCUGCAGCGACAAGAUGGCGCGGUGGAACGUGGUGGGCGUGCAGGGGUCCCUGCUCAGCAUCUUUGUGGAGCCGAUCUACUUCUCGAGCAUCAUCCUGGGCAGCCUCUACCACGGCGACCACCUCUCCAGGGCCAUGUACCAGCGGAUCUCCAACAUAGAAGACCUGCCCCCGCUGUACAUGCUCAACAAGCCUCUGCUCAGCGGCAUCAGCAACGCGGAAGCACGGCAGCCGGGGAAGGCACCCAACUUCAGCGUCAACUGGACGGUGGGUGACGCGGCCAUCGAGGUCAUCAACGCCACGACAGGGAAGGACGAGCUGGGCCGUGCGUCCCGCCUGUGUAAGCACGCCUUGUACUGUCGCUGGAUGCGUGUGCACGGCAAGGUUCCCUCCAACUUACUACGUUCCAAGAUCACUAAGCCCAACAUGUACCAUGAUUCCAAACUGGUAGCAAAGGAGUACCAGGCCGCCAAGGCGUGUCUGUUCAAAGCGUUCAUCAAGGCAGGGCUGGGCGCCUGGGUGGAGAAGCCCACAGAGCAGGAUCAGUUCUCUCUUACACCCUGA